CUGAGAAAUUUAUCUAGCUUUCGGGUAGACUUCCUGGUCCAAACCUUUCUAUGCCCGUAUCUGCUCUUCUGCCCUCUCUUCGAGCGCUUCAUUUUUUCAUCUCUCGCGUGUUCCUGCCUCGCUCUGGAAACCUGCAAUUGAUCACGCCUGUGGAGCUCUGGAUACUUGUGCACGCUGCUCACGGGAUCCCACUCGGCUUUGCUGAUCUCUUUUUCGGCUCAGCCAUAUCCUUCUGUGAUGUGAAUGUUACUUCACCUCUCCUGUUUGGUCCCCUCAUCACCACUCUGUUGUCUCGCCUUCAUGUCAACCUCAAUCCUUUCCGGGUUGUUACACCCUCUAUUUUCCUCACUGCUGACGGCGUUAUGGACCUUCUGGAAAUAGCUGUUGCAGGGGAGAAUGGUGACGAUGAUGAGAUCCUGAUCAUCAGUAGUGACUCCGACUCUGAUGAUUCUGCUCCUAGGGAUGAUGAUGAUGCUCCAGAACUUGAACCGUUUGCAGCAGCUCUCCAAGCCCUCUAUGGAUAGGAUUCUGACGAGGAAGCUGCCUGAUCUUAGGGGGAGCAGACUUCUUUAGUUUGUCUCGUUGUGUUUGGUUUGCCUGACCAGGCUGUGGUCCUGAAUUUUGGUUGACUUAAACUUGAUUAGUUUUUGGUGUCGGUUUGCCUGACCAGGCUGUGGUCUUUUGGUUGGAUUUUCGGAUGCUCUAGAUGAUCUUUCGUGGUUUAAAUGCUUUCUUUUGGCUGGUUAUGUGCUGCUUACUGCUUGUCGCUGUUUGGGUAGAAGCUUGUCUGUUCGUUUUGCAGGAUUCAUCGGCAACUUGCAAUUUCCAACUUAGGGGGAGAUUGUUGAUAGAUGGAAAGUUGGAAAUCCCUGGAUCAAAGGAGAAUCAUCGCAGCAUCUUUGCAGCUUACCUUUUCCAUUCCUUUUCAAGAGCAACGGUCAUCCUUCAAGGAAGCUAUAUAUAUCUUCGACCAGCAUCUUGGGUGAAUUACUUUUGUAAGAGGCGGUAUAGGGAAAAUUACUUAAGUGGGUUAAUCAAAACAGAGGUAUAGGGUCGGUUUGAUUAACGGUGUAACGGGUCUGGAAUUGGGAUCCGGGGAAUCGUUGUUGCUUUCGUUUUUCAUUGUUCUUGGGUCUGCAUCUUUUCUCUUCUUGCUUGAUAGGUGAAAAUCAAUAAAAAAACAGAGUCUCCUAGACCUCAGUGAAGUACUGAGUCUAUGACGAGGACUGACCCGGUAGUUUGGGGAAUCUCGUUAAAAUUGAUCGUGUUCUUUUACCUUUGCUGUUUGUGCUCUGUUUUCUCUUCCCCAAUUCUCAAUCAGGUGCUUUGUCUCACUUUCAACUUCUGUCAAACAGAAGAAGAUGACCGUUCAAAACAGGUUCCAUGGGUUGAGAUUUUAAGUGGGCCUAUUUGUGUUUAUUUCUUUUUGGUUAUUUCUCGGUGGGCUUUUGAGUUCUGGCCCAUUUUGAGAAUCAACGAGAUCGACCGAUCAGACAAGUCAAAGCUUGUCUUUCGUCUUCUCUUAUCUUGUUUCUUCUUCCUUCUUUUUUUCCCAAAUCUUCAAAUCCUUAAUUUUUGAUUGACGCCAUUUUUGUGCAAUACCGUAACGUUGCAUAGGUUUGGAAUCGCUUUCAUAUACUGGUCCUGGAUAACAGGAAACUUCUGGAAAGCAUCUUCCCAGCAAUGACAUGUUGUCACCUUGUCGUCUUUGGAGGUUUCAGUUGCUACGAGAUUUUGGAGACCGGUGCAGCACUUGGGGUCGAUUAUGGGCUUGUCGCCUUCGGCGUAUGGAAGGCAUGGCAUUGCAUUAAGUUCGACGGUGCUGCAAGUGAUUGAUGCGGGGCUUCUACUGUCUGCAAGAUGCAUGAAAAGGAAAGCGGAGAUAGCAACGAUGAGGAUGUUUGGGAAGAUGAUCAUCACACUGUUCUUCAUUGUUUGAUGUUCUUGGUGUACGUUCGGGAGAGAAGUAUUACGGGUGUAGAGUGUCAAGAACCAGUUGAUCCCAAUAACUCGAGUUGUUGGGAGAGGUUCAAUCGUGUAUCAUUUACCACAACACUAACACGCCUCCUCAAACGAAAGCCACUCACAAGGGUUGGAAGUUUGCACAUGUCUGAAGACAAGAAUACCAUGUGCUUAACAAAUGGGGGUCAUUGGGAAUCGAACACAAAACCUCUCGGUCACAGAAGGCUCUGAUACAAUGUCAAGAACCAGUUGCUCCCAAUAACUCGAGUUGUUGGGAGAGGUUCAAUCGUGUAUCAUAUACCACAACACUAACAUAGAGAUGGAUAAAUAUUUCGUUUGGUGGUUUGGUGGAAAAAAGGGUGUAUCGGGGUAGGCCAUAUAUAGUCCCACAGUCAUUGGCGGAUCCAUGGGGUGGCCACCCCAGGGCCCGGCCCAACCCUCCUCUGGAUCCAUAGUUACUAUAGUCCUUAUGAAAUUUUUGAUUUUAGAUUGGGUUUAACUAGAAAAAUUAUCAAGUUGAACAUAUUCAAAUCACUAUACUAAAUUUAGCCUAGAAAUUUUAGCCCCAAAGAUUAUGGGUCUUAAAAAAACAAUGAAACCUAAAAUUCUAAAAAGUUAAAAACAUAAAAGACUAAAAGAAAUAUGAUGUUUGUUCCCUUACAAAUUUACUAAAGCAGCUGGUGUGCAGAGAUGGACACACAAUGUAAAUUGAUUAGUCGAUUGAUUUAUCUAGUGUUGAUGCUGCUCGUUUCAACAGCUACUACGAAGAGAACCUUUUUAACAAUGAAACAUGUGAGAACUAAUUUGCUCAACAAAAUGAGUAAUGAAUUUCUCGCCGAUUGCUCAAAUUAAAAUACAGUUGUGUACAAUUUAGAUUGAACAAAACUAUAAUCAUUAUAUUUUUUUACGGUUCUAAUUUUCUAAUGAAAUGCGGCCCAGUGCUCUUCUGUGUUCUGGAUUCGCUGCUGCCCACAGUUUUGUGACUUCUUUGUCAUUUCGGUAGCCGAGGCCAAGAACUUGUGUAAACAAACAGGCAUCAAAUAAUAAUUCAUCAAGAACAAAUUAAAAUUCAAUUUCAAAGGAGAAGAAUGUGAAAGGUGUCUAGCUGGAGUAUCAAGAAAUGGAAUUUCAGCUACCAGCUACUAGUCCGGAUAACAUUCUCCACCAGCUGGCACCUGUAGCAUCUUUGCCGAAUGGACCGUCAGCUCAUACAGGAACCAAAAGAAAACGAUUGGGACCGGGGACCUGCAGGUAUCGUCACUUUGUUUAUUCCCAAAUUGAAACUCAUGUUUGAUUUCUACCUAAUAUAGUGGACAACAAAAUGGUCAUAGUGGCGGAGUCUAAUUUUGAUCUAGCUUUUUGAACCAAAGAUAUCAUCCUUAUUAGUGCUAGCAAAGGUCUAGGAUUGAGUCACUAACUAAUGGUUACUGACUUGUCAGUAACUAAACCAGAAUCGUGGAUCUAGGGACCGAAUCAUCAUAUGGCUAGGCUGCACGCGGAGUUAGGAGGGGCAUUUUUGUCCAAGUUUUUCAGCAUUUAUAUGCUGUAUUUUAAUGGAGGAAAGAGAAAAACAUACUUUUUUCUUACUUUCUCUCUUCCAAACUCCUUUUUCCAUAUCUAAAUCUCCUUUCUUCUCUUGUUCUUCAUUUUCUUUCUCCAACAAUCGACGAAGAAAUUGCAGCCUCCCACCUCAAAUCCGGUGACGCUCCAAAUCCUUCUUCUCUAAAGCUGCUCCUUCUUUCUGUUUUUUCUUUUCUCGACUUCAAAAUCAAUGACGCUCCAUAUUGUCAAAGAAGGGAUAGAUCUAGGUGAGUCAGAGUUUGGAUCUUUUGUGUUUUAAUAUUUGUUUGUGAAUUUUCAAUUCCGAUCUUCCUCCUCUUUUUUGUUUCUUUUUGCAUUUGGUGUUUUUGAUUGUGGAGGAGUAAAUGAGAGGAGACAAAAGACAUGAGUUUUUUUUUCUCUUCCUCCUUCUGUUUUCCCCUUCUUUGAGAAUAUAUAUUGAUAUUACCACACUGUACCAUAUGGUAAUGUGUGCUAACUAAAUUUAUUUUUAUAGUCAUGAGUUUUAUCAUGGUGGUAGUGGGUGGUAAUCAACACCAGUUCUUAGAAAGAAGAGUUAGAAGAAAGUGAAGAAAGUCGUAAUUAUAUAUAUAUGACAAAGGCUAGUGUACACCUGACGUACACUGUACAUCUGUGUUCACACCUAACAAUUAAUUAUUAAAUAUAAUUAAAUUAAUUAUUAAUACUAAUUAUAAUUACAAUCAUACCAAUUAAUUAAUUGUUAUUUACAUUUUAAUCAGCGAUUCUUAUCCUUCGUUAUUUUAAGUUUAGGGAUUUGCUCCCGGCCACGCUCACCAUAAAACUCUACCACUCUAGAUUGCUAAAUCCAAAUUACUAUCCAUCACCAUGGAAUUAAAAACAACUUAACAACAUAUUACACGAUGCUUUUUCAUGCAACUGUUCAUCAUGUAAUCACAACUCACUCUUAAUUGCAUUAUAUGUAAAAUACGACGAAUGCGAAAAGAAUAGAAACAUGAGACCAAGAUUUACGUGGUUUCCCCGCUCAACAUGAACGGGACAAGUCCACGGAGAGCUUCAAGCUCUCAGAGAUUUCUUAUUUUUGUUUUCUGGUUCUUAGGGUUAGCCGCAGCAGCUAGAACCUUAUUUGUACACAAGAGGUAACAAAACCCUACUCCUCUACACGUUCAGCUGGAGUUGGGAGAAAAACAAAAUGACAAAUUACAAAGUGAUCCCUAUAAUAAUAAACCAUGUCCCUAGGGAUCACAACACGCCCCCUCAAGUGUUGGAGUGAAUGUCAAUAAGACCGAACUUGACGAAGAGAUGAUGAAACUGAUCCAUGCUUAAGCCCUUAGUAAACAAAUCCGCAUGCUGAUCAGCGGUGGGAAUCUUCGCGGGCGCGAUUUUACGAGACUGAACGCGUUCGCGAACAAAAUGGCAAUCCAUCUCAACGUGCUUAGUCCGCUCAUGAAAGACAGGAUUAGCAGCAAUAUGUAGAGUCGUCUGGUUGUCACAGGACAACGUAGUAGGGCCAGGCAAGGAGACCCCCAAGUCCCGGAGCAACCAUCGGAGCCACAACACCUCACUGACCGUGCUAGCCAUGGCACGGUAUUUAGCUUCAGCAGAAGACCGGGCAACAACAGUCUGUUUCUUUGUUCGCCAGGAAACAGGUGAAGUGCCAAGCAUGAUGAAGUAACCAGUGGUGGAUCGGCCAGUAAGCGGACAACCACCCCAAUCAGCAUCACAAUAAGCCGUAAGGGUAAGAGGAGAGGUUGUGGGGAAAAAGAGACCUCGACCCGGUGAAGACUUUAAGUAGCGGAGAACACGAAUAGCAGCAAGCUCAUGAGCUUGGGUAGGCGACUGCAUGGCCUGGCUGAGGAGAUUAACCGCAUAUGUGAUGUCCGGACGAGUGACCUUGAGAUACAACAAGCGGCCUACGAGAUGACGAUAGGCACCAGGAUCAGCAGCCGGAGGGGAAGGUGACCGACCCAACUGAUGUUGCUGUUCGAUCGGAGUAGAGCAAGGCUUAACAACCGUCAAACCAGUAUCAGCCAAAAUGUCCAAAACAUACUUGCGCUGGUUAAGAACAAUGCCACAAGGAGAACGCGCAACCUCAAUGCCCAAAAAGUACUUAAGAGGACCAAGGUCCUUGAUGGUAAAACGAUCGUGAAGGAAAGCCUUCACCCGAGUGAUAAACUCCAAAUCGGUACCAGCAAGAAUCACGUCGUCAACAUAGAUGAGAGCUGUAACAAAAGCAGUGCCGCGGUGAUAGGUGAACAAAGCAUGAUUGGCGCAGCUGGGGGUAAAACCAAGCUCAAGAAGUGCCUGAGUGAACUUCUGAUACCAAUUUCGAGAUACGUGACGAAGACCAUAAAUGGAUUUAUGGAGGCGGCAAACUCUCGUUUCGCCAGGGCGAGCAAACCCUUGCGGAAUGGCCAUAUACACUUCUUCCUCGAGAUCGCCGUGCAGGAAGGCAUUAUUCACAUCAAGCUGGUGAAUAUGCCAACCACGAGUUACUACUACUGCCAACAAGCAACGAACAGUGACUAAUUUGGCAACAGGAGUGAAGGUGUCGUGAAAAUUCACCCCUUCCACCUGUGUAAAUCCUUUAGCAACCAAGCGAGCCUUAUAACGCUCAACAGAACCAUCCGUGAAAAACUUCACCUUAAACACCCAUUUGCAAGCAAUGCAUUUCUUCCCAGGAGGCAAGGGAACAAUGGACCAAGUCCCAUUAUCAACCAGCGCAAGAAACUCGCGCACCAUUGCAUCGCGCCAAUGUUUGAAUCGCACAGCCUGAUGAAAGUAGGUAGGCUCAUAGGUAGCACUAAUAGCAGCAACGAAAGCAUGAUGCGCGGUGGAUAAACAGUGAUAGGAGACAUAAUCUUUGAGAGGGAAUCGAACAACGGUAGUGUGUGCAGCGCCAGGCAGCUGAGUCUCAUAGUCACGCAAGCGAACAGAAGGGAUUCUAAUCCGAUCACCACGACGAAGUGCUGGAGGGGCAGCGGCAGAAGUGAGGGUCGCAGCAUCGGGACUGGUGGAGGGUAAUGGUGAGCUGGUCGAGGGAGAGUGAGGCGAGAGAGACUCCGCAGCAGGUGCAACACAUGGAGACGAGGGGGAAUCCCCUGCAUGCGGCGACGUUGCAUGGGGAAGGAGGGCAGCUGGGGACGUGGGCUGCUCUAGUGCACUUGGAGUGAAAGAAGAAUCCCCCAAUUCAAGUUGAUCAUCCUCAAUCGCAAUGGGUCCUGCAAGUGAAGAAGGCGCUGGGAUGGAAACAGUUACAGGAGUGAGAUCAUUUUCAGCAAGAUCCCGAUAGGGAUAAACACUCUCAAGAAACUUCACAUCGCGCGAAGUAUAAACAUGUUUUUUCUCAAGGUCAUAAACACGAUAUCCCCGCUGUGUAGCCGGAUACCCAAAAAUAUACCUGCUCGACCACGAGCACCAAAUUUAUGAAGGCCAUGAUGAUUAUCUCGAGCAUAAACCAGACACCCAAAGCUGCGAAGAUGAUCAUAGGCCGGUUCUGUUAAGACACACUCACCCCAAAAUUUAAUCGGCAGAUUCGCAUGAAACCGUAGUGCACGCGCGGUAUCCAAUAAGUGGCGAUGUUUGCGCUCGACCACACCGUUCUGCUGAGGAGUGUCUGUACAGGAAGUUUGUAGAACGAUGCCUUCCUGUUCAUAAUAAGAGGUGAGUUCAUGACAAGAAAAUUCAGCGCCAUUAUGAGCCUGAAUUCGCCGCACCUGAGCACCGAACUGCGUCCGCACCAUGUUGCAAAAAUAGAUUAGGUGUCGAGCUACAUCCGAUUUAAAACGUAACAAGAAGACCCAUACAGCACGACUAAAAUCGUCCACAAUUGUUAAAAAAUAAUGUGCUCCUGAAAUUGAUGCCGUCUUAUAACUCAACCCCAAAUGUCAAUGUGGAUAAGCUAAAAAAUCGACUUAGUCUUAAUGGUGCUAGUCUCAAAAGAAUUGCGAUUUUGCUUGGCCCGUAAACAAGAUCGACAUGGCUCUUUAUUAUGAACGAAAGAACAAUGUAGUAAAGUCUCCAAAGCAUGCAGCUUAGCAGCGGACAGAUGGCCUAGUCGAGAGUGCCACAAAUCAGUGCUAUCCAGAGAUCAACGAACUGUGUGUGCGAUCGGGUGCUCGGGCGCGAACAAUCUCAGGAAGUACAGCCCAUCGACAGAUCAGCUGUCAACCGACUGACCGAUAGUAAGUUGCAUUGAAAAUCAGGAACGUGAAGCACACGACGCAAUAAUAGAUCAUCAGACAAUUUAGCCGUCCCAAUACUGCGAACAGAGACACCUGUACCAUUGGGUAUUUUGACCUGAAGAGCCGGAUUCGAGUCCAACUCCGAAUCCAAUAAAGAGGCAUGGUUAACGAUGUGUUCGUUACAACCCGAAUCAAUAACCCAAGAGGCAUAAUUAAGAGAAUACGUACCUGCCAUGUUGGAUGAUGGUUCGGCCGAGCCCUGGGAAUGGUGUAAUAGAUCACCAGCGAGGAGAGCUUUAAGCUGAUCAAAUUGGCGGGCUGAAAGGCCAGGCAAGGGGCUGUCGGUGGCAUCAACUUGGGCAGCUUGGGGCAAGGAACGAGCUCCCCUUUAAUGAAGAGAAAGCUAUGUGGAGAAAUGCUUUGCUGCAAAGAAAUCCAAAAUGAAAUUUGCGGUAAUUUUUAAUAGCGAUGAAUUGCAUUUUGAAUAUUAAUUUUGUAGGAAUCCUUCCCUGCAUGAGUAGUUUCUUGAUAGCAAAUGAAAAUGUAACUAGGUUCAGACAUUUACAAUUAUUGAUAUAAUUGGUAAGGCCAAUGACCGGGCCCAAAUCUAUUCUAAUUUUCAAUAUGAAGAGUGAGAACGGAUGAAAGGGAUUAUGGAAUCCGCGCGCAGAAAAGGUGUUGAAUUGUUUUUUUUUUUUGUGAACUUAUUUUUGAAAUAAAAUUGAUCAUGUGAACUUCUAAAUCGUCCAAAUCAAAUGUACUCUAGAUUACCCCAAUGUGACCUAAAACAAACUUUAACACUAAACCAAGUAUAAAUUUUGCAAAAACAUAUAAAUCUUGUUCGAAAGAUAGCUCAAACAAAUUGGGAAUAAAAUAUGUAUAAUUUAAUGUGCAUUACAUUCUAAUGUAACUAAAGAAAAAUAUUAAUUAUGGAAAAGAACCAUCUAUCACGUAAGAUAUAUAAAAUGUUCUUCUACAAUUAUUACGUAAUGUGAACACAACUAACACAAUUUACAAGUAACAAACUUGUAAAUUUUGUGUGAUGCAACCUAUAUUGGGAACUUAUAUCGUCAAAAACUAGUUAAUUAAUUAAUUAUUAUUAAUUAAUUAAUAUAUUAAUAGCUCAAGUAAACUAAGGGCCUGUUUACUUUCAUUUCUGUUUCCUGUUUUUGAGAAAACAGAUGUUGAAAACAGGUGAAAACAACAUUUUGGUGUUUCCGAAAACAGCAGGAAGUUGCCACUUUCUGUUUUCAUAGUUGGAAACGAAUAGAAAACAGAAUGAAAAGUAAACAAGUUUUCUCAUUUUGGUUGCCAAAUUUAUCACAUGAAAACAGAAAACAGGAAACGAAAAUGGAAGUGAACAGGGCCUUAAUGUUUAAUUUUACGGGAUGAGAUUAGAUGCUAACUGAUUAAAGGGUUAGCACGGUACUAACCACUUCUCUGAUCGUAGGAUUAAAAUAUCAAUCUAAGAGUGAGAAUUAAAUGGAGAUUACUUCUCUCGCCCUCUCUCUCACAAUUCCCUCUACAAGAAAAUGACUCACGGCCUCCCCUCUCUCUACGGCAAACCGCUCCUUGCUACUACAAAGAUUAUAGAUCUAGAAUGGAGGUCGAGGUCGCUGCUGCUAUCUACCAGUGAGGGACAGCGGAGCAAAACGGAGGGAGAGUUUCAUCGAGAUCCAUCCCUUGCUACUACGGCAUCGUCGAUAUCGUCAGCGUCCCACGCCACUAGCGUAAACGAAGACGAUGGGCUGGAGAUGUGGUGCGAUUCCACAAAGAGCCCAAUAUUCAUCAAUCACCGCCGCAUUGAAGUCAAUUCCGCCGGCAACGGCGCCGGGUUGUCAGCGUCUCUUGCUCUUAUUCCGCCCGCAACGGCGCCUAUCUUGCCUGCGUUGGCUUCCCACCACGAUUGUCGUCCAUCGCUCGAGGAUAGCAUGCGUGGCGGAAGAACGAGAAUUUUUUCCAUAUCUAUAUUAGUAAUUGAUUAGUAGUGAUUUUGGGUUAGUAGUGAUUGUGGUGUAUUGUUUUUCAUAUGUAUUAGUAGUUAUUCUUAUUGUAAUCAACAGAUGAGCAGUGAUAUUUGUAAAGUAAUAGUAGGGUUUUGUAUAUUAGUAGUAAUAUUUGUUCUUUGUAGUACUUUUUUUUCAUUUACAGUAUUAUUCUUUCCAAAUAUCAUCAACUUCUUCUAUAUAAAAAACGCUAUUAAAAACAACGAAAUCACUACAGAUUAUUAUAAAAUCAAUACAACAUCCAAGCUAAAUCACUACUAAUUCAAACUAGUAGUAGUUUUUUUCUAGCAUUUUUUCAUGUUAAAGUUCUUUGUGAAUGAGGAGAGAGAUAAUUAAAAUUUAAAUUAUUUAUUAAAUUUAAUUUUACUAAAUACCAAUAAAGCCCUCCAUUGAUCUUGAUUAGGACGGUGCUAACUCUUAUACAAUUAGCACAGUAACUCUUCACUUAUUUUACUGUUCAAUCCGAAAUGCCAUUUAUGAUCAAUUGUGGCCCGAGUUAAUGAGUUACUGUUCAUGAUGAAUUUUGAUGAUGUAAGCGGGUGCAACGUGUACCCAAGAGACUUACCUGUAAGCUAGCAGCAGCAAAAUAGCGCAAGUGCAAUUGCACUAUACCUUACAAAAUUGUAGGGAAACAAAAAAUUUUAUCUUCAUAAUGUAAUUAAUAUAUUAAUUACAUUAAAGUUUUUCAAGGUUAAUUUUUUUACACCAGUUUAAUCAAAUUUUAUAUCUUCUUAAUGCAAUUUAUUUAUUUGACCACAACCUCUUUAUCAAUAGACCACAUAGAAAGAAUUAAUUAAAAGCACAAGCAGCAAAAAGAUCGUGUCACUGUUCCCAAAGAAAAUUUCGGAAGUUACUGUUCAUCAACGAGUUUGUGGUAUUUACCGCGUGUGGAUUUAGUUGAGACUGUUGGAUCUAAUACCCAUCCAUGCUUCUUUGAAUGGAAAUCCUUGAUGUCCGACCCUCUUCUCACUUUCAUUCCAAUCGAAGAUGAGAAGUAGAACGAAUAUCCUUUCGUGUUUCAUUCUACUCCUGUCCUCCGCCUAGGCUAAAAAUCUACGAAAAUUGCAGAAAGCGGCCGAUGGAACAUGCAGGCGAAUUUGUGCAACACUGUUUAAAUAAUUACAAAUAAGACCUCAUAAACAAUAUUCUACAAUUGUUACAUAAUUAUUAUGAAAGAUUUGUGUAAUAUUAUUCUACAACUGUUACAUAAUUACUAUAAAAUAUUUGUGUAACAUUAUUCUACAACUGUUACGUAGUUACAAAUAUUAGUUUUUUUUACACAACCGUUUAAUGGCCAUUAUAUUAUAAUUUCUUAAUAUUAUUUUAUCAUUAGACCAUAAGCUCUUUAUCAUUAGACCACACAGUACGAAAGAUAAUGUUACGUUAUUACAAAUAUAUUAUAUCAACCUCCCAAAUUGUCUAUAUUAUUUGCAUUACACUAAGGUUUUGUAAGGUAAGUUAUUUUUUACAUAACAAUUUAAUCAAAUUUUCUAUUUUUCUUAACUUGAUUUCAUUAUUAAACCACACCGUACGAAAGAUUGUGUACUAUAAAAGUUGUGUAAAUGCAAAUAUGUUAUAUAAAGCACUGAAAUUUAACAUAAACUACUUAUUAUUUGCAUUAGACAAAGGUAUUGUAUGAUUAUUGGUUUUAUACAUAACAGUUUAAUCGAAUGCAAUAUUUAUGUUAACUUUAUCUUAUUAUUAGAUCAACAGUACCAAACAUAUGUGUAACACUACACUUUGAAAGUUAUGUAAUUUCGAAUACAUUGUAUAAAACUUAUGGAGGGGUCUCUUAUGUAUUACUUAGACAGAACCUACUAACGAUUCAGUAAUAUCUGUUUGAAUGAAAAUUCAUUUAUUAUUAAUUGAACUGUUUAUCAUAACAUCAAUUCGCAAGACGUACAAAUGUUUUGUAAUGUAAGUUAUUGUUUUACAUAACAAUUAAGUCAUAAGACAUUAUAAAACUAUUGAGGGAUAUUUAUUUUUUAUAUAUCAUUCAAACAAACAUAUUGUGUAUGUCUUUCGUCAGGAUUAAGACAUGUAAUUAGUUUUUUGCCGCUGCAAAGCGCUGGCCAAGAAACUAGUAAUAACUAACGAGAACUAUCGAGUUUCAAAAAAAAAAAAAAAACUAAUGAGAACUAUCAUUGAUUCCGAAAUUAAACUCCGCAGCUAACUAUGACCACUUUGUUGACCGCUAUUAGAAACGAAACAUGAGUUCUUAUUUGGGAAUAAACGCACAGACAAAAUAGCCAAGUCCCCAAUCCUAGUCGUUUUCUUUUGGUUUCAGUAUGAAGUAACGGUCCAUUCGACAAAGUUGCCACAGGUGGCCGGUGGUAGCUGAAAUUCUAUUUCUUGAAACUCAAGCUAGACACCUGUCACAUUCUUUCGCUGUAGACAUUAUGAUGCUUGUUUCUGCAGAUUUCUUGAUCUCUAUUCCUAAAAUGACAAAGAAGACAAACCCUGUAAGACUAUAUAUAGCAAAGUUCCACUCACCCUCUUCCAUCACAGCGCAAAUAAAGCAUUUGCAUACUCCUAUUAACUCCACCUCUACACCAAGAUAUACCCUUAUCCCCAACAACAAACGAUGAAGAACAGCGUGAUGAUCAUCUUCCCAAACAUCCUCAUUGUUGCUAUCUCCGCUUCCCUUUUCAUGUAUCUCGCAGACAGUAGAAGCCCCGCAUCAAUCACUUGCAGCACUGUCGAACUUAAUGUGACCGAGAGGUCUUGUGUUCGAUUCCCGCUGACCCCCAUUUGUUAAGCACAUGUUAUUCUUGUCUUCAGACCUGUGCAAACUUCAAGCCCUUGUUAGUGGCUUUCGUUUGAGGGGGCGCGUUAGUGUUGUGGUAUAUGAUCCACGAUUGAACCUCUCCCAACAACUCGAGUUAUUGGGAUCAACUGGUUCUUGACAUGGUAUCAGAGCUGGUUUGUCCUUGAGGUCACGUGUUCAAGUACUCACGACCCCCAAUAUUAACCGUUGUCUUCAAGCACAUGGUAUGGCGGGCAUGUGCAAACUUCAAGCCCAUGAGUCGGCUUUCGUUUGAGGGGGCGUGUAAGGAAGUGGUUAAGUACCAUACACGGCCUGUAUAAGAUCCAACAUAACCUUCUCCCAACAACUCGAGUUAUUGGGACCAACUGGUUUAUGACACGCCGAAGGCGACAAGCCCACGAUCGACCCCAAGUGCUGCAUCGGUCUCCAAAAUCUCGUAGCAACUGCAACCUCCAAAGACGACAAGGUGACAGCAUGUCAUUGCUAGGAAGAUGCUUUCCAGAAGUUUCCUGCUAUCCAGGACCAGUAUAUGAAAGCGAUUCCAAACCUAUGCAACGUUACGGUUCCUUUCCCUCUCUCAAAGGAGAUGAAAUGUGACAAGUAUAAGUAGACUCACUACCUAACACCAUGGAACAGGAAACCGGAUCGUACCGGCCGGUUCAACCGGGAAUUGGACCAAAAACGAUACGAUAGGCUGGUGGAGGGCAUUUUAUCGUUUCGGUCGAUUUUUGCGGUUCAACCGGCACAACCCGGCAUACCGCCCGGUUUCUUUCCAACCGGCGGUAUACUAGAAUUGAAGGAAGCGCCGCCCUUUCAUCACUUAAAAUUAAAAAGAAAAACCAUUUAAGAAAAACCCUAAUCUCUAAUCGAAGGGAAUCGGGAGGGAGCUUUCUUCGUUUUUUCUUCCCUAGCCCUGCCUCGCCGCUUCUCCUCUCCUCUAGCGAUCCGCGACCAACGACCUGUGGUGCUGCAACCCCUGGCCGGCUAAACAAACGAGGCAAGUCGGCAACCCAAGACCGGCGAAAGGUCGAGCCGACCCUGCUCCGCCCCGCUGCCGUUCCUCUUCUCUUCUUUGACGAGUGGCGACUGAGAACCCGCGACCAGCGAUAGAUCGAAGGCCAUGUUUGUGGAUUUCCUGAUCUAGAUUGAUAUCUGGUGGAGGAAAAGCUACAUGCAUAAAGAAAGAAAGGUGCUCAGAUUGUCAGAACUUAGAAGAGAAAAAAGAAAGCAAAACAGAGCUUCAUCUUGCUCUGGAUCUGGGUUAGGGAUGAGAGAGAGGCGGAAAGGGAAGAGAGAAAGUGAAGGAUAUGUGGAUGUGGUAGUAGGUGUAGAGAUAAUGAGAAAAAGUAACUCAAAAAGAAAGAAUAAAUGAGUGAAAAUUAA